AUGGACGAUGUAGACAUCCUAGCAGGCCUCGCGCACCAGGUCCAUGAGUUCAAGAACCUUGGGCUCUUGAAGGAUGUCCUCCCACUGCUCGUCGGUGAGAUUGAGUUGCUGCAGCCACGUGAAUGUCCUCAUCAAGCCACGGAGGACAUCACGAACACCUUCCUAGUCGUAGGGGAUGCCCAUGGCUUGAUUCGGCUUCAAGAUCCUGGUGGCACUGCCACCUUCAUACAGGAGGUACACCGGCUACCAAUGACCGCUGGCUUUGAGGGUCUUGGUCACCAUGCAUUCUAG